AGGAGGGGAGGAAAAAACCACGUGUGCACACCACUAUGUACAGCACUGUCCUUCCUCGGUAGACUUGUUUUUGUAAGUCUGUACCCUUCGGAUGUAGCCACAUAGCCUGCAUUAGCCAGAUAAGCAGAUUAGAAAAAAACUGUUUCUAUUUUAUUAUCAACCUUACACACUGAAGCAAAGCUGCAGGGGGAGUUCUGUCACCACACUGACUGCCGACCAUGGUGAGCAAGACAGAUGACAUCCCGGCGUCAGUGCCUGACUGUAAUCCGGCUGAUCUUGCGGAUGAAGCCCAGGACGGCAAACAGACCAACAUAACACAUCUGAAAGAUUCCUGUGGCUGUGGGCACAGUACAGAUACAGCCAUGGUGAAUGGUGAUGGGGCUCAUGACCAUACGGAGGAAGCUGAAUCAAAGCAGGAUGGUAAUUGUGAAGUGGACGGAGGUGAGGAUUCCAAUGAACAGGAAGUGAUAGUUAUCCAGGACACAGGCUUUACCGUUAAAAUCCAGGCACCUGGAACAGAGCCUUUUGACUUGCAGGUGUCCCCCCAAGAAAUGGUGCAGGAAAUCCAUCAGGUGUUGAUGGAUCGGGAAGACACCUGCCACCGCACCUGCUUUUCUCUGCAGCUGGAUGGAAAUGUGCUGGACAACUUUGCUGAGCUCAAGUCCAUUGAGGGCCUACAGGAGGGCUCAUUACUCAAAGUGGUAGAAGAGCCCUACACCGUGCGCGAAGCUCGUAUCCAUGUGCGCCACAUCAGAGACCUGCUGAAAAGUCUGGAUCCCUCAGAUGCCUACAAUGGAGUGGACUGCAACUCUCUGUCUUUCCUCAGCAUCUUCACUGAUGGAGACCUCGGAGAUAGUGGAAAGCGCAAGAAAAAGGGCAAUGAGCUGGAGCAGAUCGACUGCACCCCCCCAGAGCACAUCCUGCCCAACAGCAAAGACCGCCCCCUGGUGCCCCUCCAGCCACAUAACAAGGACUGGAAGCCCAUGCAGUGCCUGAAGGUCCUGACCAUGAGUGGCUGGAACCCUCCACCUGGAAACAGGAAGAUGCAUGGUGACCUCAUGUACCUCUACAUUGUGACUGUGGAGGAGCGGCAUGUCAGCGUCACUGCCUCUACGCGCGGCUUCUACCUCAACCAAUCAACUACCUACAUCUUUAACCCCAAGCCAGCAAACCCUAGCUUCCUGAGCCAUUCUCUGGUGGAGCUGCUUAGCCAGAUCAGCCCUGCCUUCAAGAAGAACUUCACUGCCCUGCAAAAGAAAAGAGUCCAGAGACACCCAUUCGAGAGAAUAGCUACACCUUUCCAGGUGUACAGCUGGACCGCUCCGCAGGUUGACCAUGCAAUGGACUGUGUCCGAGCUGAGGAUGCUUACACCUCCCGCUUGGGUUAUGAGGAGCACAUACCUGGACAGACCAGAGAUUGGAACGAGGAGCUCCAGACCACCAGAGAGCUGCCUCGGAAGAACCUGCCUGAGCGGCUGCUGAGGGAAAGAGCUAUAUUUAAGGUCCACAGUGACUUUGCAGCUGCUGCCACUCGUGGCGCCAUGGCAGUAAUUGAUGGCAAUGUAAUGGCCAUCAACCCUGGUGAGGAAACACGAAUGCAGAUGUUCAUCUGGAACAACAUCUUCUUCAGUCUGGGCUUUGAUGUGCGGGACCACUAUCGCGAGCUGGGUGGCGACGCGGCCGCCCAUGCUGCGCCUACUAAUGACUUGAAUGGAGUACGAGCUUACGGGGCAGUGGACGUGGAGGGUCUCUACACCCUGGGAACGGUUGUAGUAGACUACAGAGGCUAUCGUGUCACAGCCCAGUCCAUCAUCCCAGGUAUUCUGGAGCGUGAGCAGGAGCAGAGCGUCAUCUAUGGCUCCAUUGACUUUGGAAAGACUGUUGUGUCCCACAGCAAAUACCUAGAGCUGCUUGAUAAAACCAGCAGACCACUUAAGGUUCAGCGGCACAAUGUACUGAAUGAAAAAGAAGAGACAGUGGAGUUGUGCUCCUCAGUUGAAUGUAAAGGCAUCAUUGGGAAUGAUGGCAGACACUACAUUCUGGACCUUCUUCGCACCUUCCCCCCUGACCUCAACUUCCUGCCUGUGGAUGGAGAGGAUCUGUCUCCAGAGAGCCAGCGUCAAGGCUUCCCUCGCAAGCACCGCCAUCGCUUGCCCUGUCUUCGGCAAGAGCUCAUUGAAGCCUUUGUUGAGCACAGAUAUCUUCUCUUCAUGAAGAUGGCAGCAUUGCAGCUCAUGCAGCAAAAAGCUAACAAGGACUCUAGCAAGACUGAUGCACCUGCCAUCACUGAAACCACAGAGACACCCAUAGAGAGCAAUGCAGAUACAACCCAGACACAGACUGCUGCUGCAGAGUCUUCUAGUGCAACAGAAGUCUCCAUAGAUGGCACAAGCCAAACAGACAACAGCACCUCUGCUGCCUCACACAGUGAAGAAAAGUUCUUGAAGCCCACACCAAAUGGGUCUCUGGACCCUGCAACCACACAGAAUGGGGAAUGCAAAAGCCCACUGGAGGGUAAGGAGCUUGAGGAAAGUAUUCCAGGAUUAGCUCAGGCCAAAGAGCUGGCGGAGACCUUAGUUGCCGAAGAUGGAUCUGGUAUUGACCCCAAAAGCCGAGAAGUGGUUCUGAAUGCCUGCAAAGCCGUCGGCUCCAUCAGCAACACAUCUUUUGAUAUCCGUUUCAACCCAGACAUCUUCUCGCCAGGAGUGCGUUUCCCUGACAACAGUGUUGAGGACAUACAGAAGCAGAAGCAGCUUCUCAAAGAUGCUGCUGCCUUCCUGGUGUCCUGUCAAAUCCCCUCACUGGUGAAAGACUGUUUGGACCAUAGCGCUCUGCCCAUGGAUGGAGCCACACUAACGGAGGCUUUGCACCAGAGAGGCAUCAAUGUUCGCUAUUUGGGCACGGUUCUGGAGUUUGUGGAGAAGACCCCUGCCAAAGUGCAGCUGGAGCACUUAUAUAGAAUAGGAAUCAUGGAGCUGAUCACAAGAUGUGCAAAACAUAUCUUCAAAACAUACCUCCAGGGUGUGGAGUUGUCCGCUCUGUCUGCAGCUGUAAGCCAUUUUCUGAACUGCUUCUUAAGCUCCUUCCCCGACGCCGUCGCCCACCUGCCUCCCGAUGAGCUGGUGUCACGUCGCAAGAGCCGAAAACGUCGCAACAGGGUUCCCGGUGGCGGCGACAACACUGCGUGGGCCAGCCUGACACCCAGCGAGCUGUGGAAGAAUAUUGCCUCUGAGGCUCAGAGCUAUUAUCACUUCACCAUACAGUGUGAUAAUGUUGACCAAGUGGUGGAGAAAUACAACCUACAGAAAAUCACCCUUCUCAGAGAAAUUUCAGUCAAAACUGGCAUCCAGAUCCUGAUUAAGGAGUACAACUUUGACAGCCGCCACAAGCCCGCCUUCACAGAGGAGGACAUCCUGAAUAUUUUUCCUGUUGUGAAGCAUGUAAACCCAAAAGCCUCAGAUGCUUUCCACUUCUUCCAAAGUGGGCAGGCCAAAGUGCAGCAAGGUUUUCUGAAGGAGGGUUGUGAGCUGAUCAAUGAGGCUCUCAACCUCUUCAACAACGUGUAUGGAGCCAUGCAUGUAGAAAUCUGUGCCUGUCUUCGCCUGCUGGCACGACUUAAUUACAUCAUGGGAGACCACCCUGAGGCUCUAAGCAACCAGCAAAAGGCUGUUCUGAUGAGUGAAAGAGUUCUUGGUAUCGAGCAUCCCAACACUAUUCAAGAAUAUAUGCACUUGGCUCUGUACUGCUUUGCCAAUGGCCAGCUUUCCACUGCCCUGAAGCUGCUGUAUCGCGCUCGUUACCUCAUGUUGUUGGUUUGUGGGGAGGACCACCCAGAGAUGGCACUAAUAGACAAUAACAUUGGGCUGGUGCUGCACGGAGUGAUGGAGUAUGAUUUAUCUCUGAGAUUCCUGGAAAAUGCCUUGACCAUCAACACAAAGUACCAUGGACCCCGCUCUCUGAAAGUGGCACUCAGCCAUCAUUUGGUUGCAAGGGUUUACGAGAGCAAGGCCGAGUUCCGCUCUGCGCUACAGCACGAGAAGGAGGGUUACACCAUUUACAAGAACCAGAUGGGUGAGGCGCAUGAGAAAACUAAGGAGAGCUCAGAGUAUCUGAAGUACCUGACCCAGCAGGCUGUGGCCCUGCAGAGAACUAUGAAUGAGAUCUACAAGAACGGCUCCAAUGCCAGCAUCAUGCCCCUCAAGUUCACUGCACCCAGCAUGGCCAGUGUCCUAGAGCAGCUCAACAUCAUCAAUGGCAUCAUCUUUAUACCACUCAGCCAAAAGGAUCUGGAGAACCUGAAGGCAGAGGUGCAGAGGAGACAGCAGCUGCAGGAGCUGGGAAAGAGCGAUGAGCCCACUGAGGACAACCCACUGGAACUAGAAGACAAAAUUCCCAUUGAUUAAUAUUCAAGUCCUUCACACAGCAAUUUUCUGCUAAUGGGGGAGCUGGAGGUUGUGACUUAGAUGCCAAGUCACUAAGCCUGUGGACCUGAGAACCAAGCAGUCUAAAUCAGCAUUGACAGGGGCAAUAACAGGGGAAGGGUGGGGUCAGGGCAGUCUAGAGAAAAACUGUAUGAACUGUAGGACAAAGGAAUACAGAGCAGGAGUUUCCUACAAGGUAGGAGAGGGAGUAAGGAGAGCGUACAAACAACACAGAAUCAAUGUAAAGUGCAGUCUGAAAAAUCCCUGGCCCGAGAACUUGGUGAUGAAGUCACUGAAGGUUUUGGCUGCUUCGAAAUAUUAUAUUUGAAAGAGGGGUUGCAGCUGGGGGGAAGGAGACCAAGAAUGACCAUGACAUUGUAUACCAGAGCCUUAUCCAUUUCAACAUCGUCCCCAAAUCAUGCUUCUUCUGUGCUCUAACUUCCCACAGCAUUGUUAGCCCAGGACCAUGUUUCACCUCUGCCAUUGCCUAAAGAACCUUGUAGAUGCCCAGGCAUGUAGACCCCACUUCCCAAAGGUGCUUUAAAAUGAUAUAGCACCUAUCCUGUCUGAGAACUCAGGGGUUCUUUCUUCUGUGCACUAAGAUCAGAAUACAGUCAGUAAAUUUGAGAUUUUUCAAGUGGGGCUUCAGAAUGUAAACUCCCUUCUUGGUGGCUUUGAGUCACUUUGCAGCAAUCACUCAUCAUUCUUAGACAUCCCCGCUAGUUAAUAAAUUAAAUAAUUCUGUCAUUUAUAUGUACAACCUCCCAGGAGGUUGUCUGCUGUGUUCUUUUUGUUCCUCUUGUCCUGUUUAUUCCACAUCACAGUCACAUGUCUAUCAGUCAUUGGGUUUGAUUUUAUUUUGAUGUUUCUCCUCUUUUAUUAAGUAAAUGGAUUUUUGUUUAAAUGCACAGUAGAAUUAUAAAGGUAAUGUAUGCCUUUUGAUCAUCAGUUAAUUUAAGCCAUGUUUGUUUUAUAGAAAAUAUAGAGGUGGAAAAGAUGAAAAAAUCUAUUUGGUUUAGACAGGUACUUGAUGUUAAUGGAAAAGGCAGAAUCGAAAUACGUCCAUUUUAUUUGUAGAUUUAUCCACUAUAUACUAGCUGUGUUCAAUCUUCUAUUUUUACAUGCUGAAAGAAAAUAUGUGCAUGUGUGUUUGACAGUGUGCGUUUUCGUGUAGUAUGACAGAAAACCUGUUGGCCAGACCUGCUGCUGCAUAGCUUGAAGAGGCCGAGCGAACAUUUGCUUUCCAAAUGUUUUUUUAUGUCUACAUAUAUUAAAACUGUUAAAUGACAUAUGCCCAUUUUCUUAAAACAUUCAUGGCCACCAAUGUUGUAAAUCUGCUUAAUGUACGAAGUUGGUACUUAGCUUUACCGCUUCUCAAGAUUGCACAGGUGCUCAACAUUGGCAGUAGUGAUAGAUUUAUUGUAGCUGGGUGUUUUUCUUUUUUGUUUGUUUUUUCUUGGCUUUUAUGUGUUUUCCAUUAUUGAAUCAAGUCAUAUUUUCACAUGUAUCAGAGGCAAAAAAAAAAACUAGACAGGAGUGAGGGGGUUUCUUGUGCUAUGUGUGAAUGUGCACAGCAUCACCAAAAGUGGACAAAAGCGGGGCUUCCUCAAUGUGGUGUACCAAAAAAAAAAGACUGAAAGGUUUGUUUGUAUACAUGCAGUGUAUUCCUCUAACAGAAAUUUAUUACUUAAUUGGUGCAGUGUGUAAAUGUAUGUGAUUAAAGCAAUAGAGAGAU